CCAUUCUGCCUCGAGCCUGUUGAGCUCAGGCGCCCUGCAGCUUGGAGACCCGGCAGAGGGACGAUGCGAGAGCAGCGGAGAUGCCUUCGAAGCGCAGCAGCCCGCUGCCAGUCACGGACAUCACCGGUUUGCGUCUGCCCCUUGAGCCGUCGCGGUUCUCGGGUGUUUCUUUGGACGACGCUCCAGACAAGGAUUGGGUUUCCAAGACCUCCGAACGAGCUAGUAAGAGUCGGAGAGGUUCGGUGGCUGCAAGAUUGCGCGUACGACAGUUUCAGCGAUGCUGGCACGACUUCCAUCUGGCAGACGCUUUGCGAGGUCGUGGGCGGUAAGAAGGAAAUCUACAGGUCCCGCAGCGCGCCGCUUGGAAUUUCCACCCUGAUGUGUUACUGGUCGCGUCCAGACGAGAAUUGGUAUGCCCUGGACACUCGCCGCACGCUGGUGUACAAGAUGGCGUUCCAUCCAGAGCAGCCCAUCCCUGUGCACGCGAUACCCUUCAACAAGCUCGUAAACGUGAAGCUGUCUUCGCACCGGUGGAGCCACGAUCGGUCUGACUCGGUCUGGUUCUGCCUCAGGCUCCACAGGUCCGUGCCGCUCGGUGCACAGUCUCUGCCGUUCAUUCGCAACAGGUCCGAGCUGGCCCUGUGCGUGCACAGGGCCGCGUCCGUCGCGAGAUCGUUGCGGUGA